ACGCCUUGUGGCUGUCUUCGGUCUUCAAUCGUAACAUAUCCACUUUUUCUAUUACGUCUUCUAUCUUCUUAUUUUAAAGUACUUAAAGCUUCUUCCUGGUUUACUAUUGAAGUGAAUUUGGUUGGAAAUGGGUAUAGAAGAGUGGUGGAACAAUCCUUGUCAGGUUGAGUCAGAAACAGAAUCAUUGUCUGGCACUAAGCCAAUAGAAGAAUGGAAUGUACUUCCACUAAUGCAUCAAGUGUACCAGUUGAAACAAAAAGCAGAAAGAAAUAAAUCAGAAUGGGCAAUGAAAACAUUCCAAAAACCCUUCGAUGAUUUAUACAAUGACGUGGAGUAUGACUGGUUACCAAAGACUCCCAAAAAUAUGGCUGAAAGCUUAGAAGAUGGACGCAAGUUCGAUGAACUACAGCCUGAAAACUUGGUUAGUCAGCUUUAUCAUGAUUUUCUCAUAUAUUCGACAGCCAUUACUUUCCUAGCUUACGAAGAAACCGCAGAUCCUGGCGAGAUUUUUCAGAUUAUACAAUUCGAAUUGGAAGUCUUUUUAUGUACGUUUCAAAGAUUUUUGAAAGAUAUAAACGUGAAUUUCCCACCUCAAGUUCACGUAGACAUUAUACCAGAAGAAUUGAAUGGUACUAAUCUAAGCAGCGACGAGAUAAAUAACAGAAAUUUGAUCAUAUACAGGGAGUAUGUGAAGGGUUUGGAUUAUUUGAUCGAAGUGCUGGAAUAUAUCGAUCAUAUGCAUGGCGUCAAAAUCCGUGAAAAGCUUACACAGAAAGUAGAAAAUUAGAAUGUAUCUUAUACAUUCUGUUCAAUUUAGAUUAAGUUCUAAUUGUAGUCAGAGAUGCUAUUUUCCAGUUUUCUGGAAACUGGGAACAAAAAAUUAAUUCCAAUAAUUAUUCAAUACUAUCCCAAUAGCUUCGAAAGUAAUCGAUUAUUUCCCCAUUAAAGAAGCGUAAUAAGUCAGAAUUUCAUAACAGCUUCGAUUAUAAUCGAUUGUUUCAUGAAUAUUGAGACGUAAUCAGUUAUAAUAUCAAAAAACAA